CUAGCAGUAGCAACAAUCAUCGAAGAGGGCAAACUUGACUGGUGGGCCUAGUACUUACGAGGCAUCCUUAAUUAAGCUUUGCUGUCUCUUCUACAACUACUUUUGGGCUUCAGAUCAGAGGCCUAGUAUAAAUGGGCCCAAAAAGCCCAUUAAUGAGAUAUGGGCUAAUAGCGUUCAGACCAGCGAUACGGGCUUCUGUUAAACGAUCAUCAAACACGGCCUGUUCACUUCUUCCCUCUUGUCCCUCGACCUCUCCGACUCUCCCCGUCGUCGCCGCCGCCUCCUCCUCUUCCUCUCGCCGCUGUUCAGCAGCGCGAUUAGCUUUGGGGUCCUCCGCUUCCUCCUUCCAGCGCCUUCACAUCAUCGUUCCACUACUCUUUUUGGUCGAGUAGUUGCUGGCCGCAUCCUGCGCCAUGCACGCCACCCGUUUGCGCAAUUGCCUGACGGAACUGCUCAGCCGCCGAGGUCAGGGGCAGUGCGAAUGCCGCUGCCCCUACCAGUUCUCUCCCUCGCGGGGCAUGACGCGCGGCCGCAGCGUGAAGGACCGGAGCAAGAAGAAGCGGGUGCAGGCGCUCGAGGUGGCCGUCGAGCGCUGGAAGGUGCUCUCCAAGGUCCUCACCGUCGUCGACGCCCUCAAGAAGGAGGAGGAGCAUGUCACCCCGCUCAAGCGCCUCGAGAUCCUGCGGCCGCAGCUGGGCCUCACCAAGCCGCACAAGGUGGCCCACUUCGUGCGCCGCUCGCCGCACAUGUUCGAGGUCUGCCGCGACAGCCGCGGCGUCAUGUGGGCCGGCCUCUCGCCGCAGGCAGAGGCGCUCGUCGAGGAGGAGGCGCGCCUGCUAGAGGAGCACUCCCCCACGGCCGCGCAGUACGUCACGAGGAUGCUCAUGAUGUCGGUGGACCGGCGCCUGCCGGUCGACAAGAUCGCGCACUUCCGGCGCGACAUGGGGCUUCCUCACGAUUUCCGGACACGGUGGGUGCACAUGUUCCCUGAGAAGUUCAGGGUGGUCAGAUUGGAGGAUGGCGAGUACUUGGAGCUUGUUUCUUGGAAUCCAAACUGGGCAAUCACUGAGCUUGAGAAGAAGGCGGCAGCAUUGGCCGGCGAUGUCAAUUUCAACUCCAAUGCCGGUCUACCAGGAGAGCUCUCGCUUCCAUUCCCAAUGAAGUUCCCACCAAAUUUUAAAAGUUACUACAGAUUCCGAGGAAAAGCUCACCAUUAUGUGAAAACGGGCAAUACCGAGCAGUUUCAGAAGAUCACCUAUCUAUCGCCUUAUGCGGAGGCAAAGGGAUUGACUCCUGGCUCACCAAAGUUUGAUAAGAGGGCUGUUGCAGUGAUGCACGAGAUGCUGAGCUUCAUGUUGGAAAGGAGGCUGGUGACCGAUCACCUCACGCAUUUCCGUCGUGAGUUUGUUAUGCCACAGAAGCUGAUGAGGUUACUCUUGAAGCAUUAUGGCAUCUUUUACGUUUGUGAGAGGGGGAAGAGAUUGAGUGUGUUCUUAACAGAGGCAUAUGAUGGGGCAGAAUUAAUAGAUAAGUGCCCGUUGGUGCGUUGGAGGGAAAAGGUCCUUCAACUUACUGGUUACAGAGGAAGGUUAAAGAAUCUUGGAAACUUUGAUUCGUCUUCAGAUUCAGAGGACUACUUGUUAGGUGGUGAUGGUUCUAGUGGUGAUGAUGCCGUAUUGGAUGUUGAAAGUGAAAAUUCAGAUGGUAUCUUAGAUGACUAUUCUAUUUCAGAUGAUUCUGAGAUGGAUUUAGGGGAUAUGAAUGAAUUUUGCAGAGACUGAAUUGGCGGCUGUGCGUGUGUAGCAUAAAAGAGCAAAUUUGUGUUAUUAGUUUUUUUACUUGAAACCAAGUUCACAAGUAAGUACUUGUGACCAUUGUUAAGCUACGGAUAUAAUAUGUCCCUGCCUUGAGCCCUUGAUGUGUAGUUAUAUAUCAUUCCCUAGCUGCUGGCAUAUUUGGAGUUCCAGGUAUUAGCCCAAGCAGCCAAGCUUGAACAGACUGCGACAGAUUGGAUACUCUUCUCUCGCUACUGACAUAUUUGGACUUACAAAUAUUAGCCUAAGCUCAAACAGUGAAACAUAUCACGAUGAUUGUGGCAGGCUUGAAUACUGCUUAUACCAUGUUUCAAUCAUGUUAUCUGACGCAGAUCACUUGGCUCUGCCAUUUUGUUUGGAAAAAAUGGAUGAGACAAAGCAUGCCAAUAUGCUGUACUAAAGUUA